AUGACGUCACUGACCUUUUCCACGUGAGGUUUCUUUGCAUCAUGGCGGCUGGUUUCAAAACAGCAGAGCCACUGGAGUACCACAGAAGCUUUUUGAAAGAAAACUGCCGGCCAGAUGGGAGAGAGCUGGGAGAGUUCAGACCUACAACACUGAACACUGGUUCUAUAAGCACAGCGGAUGGUUCAGCAUUGGUGAAGAUUGGAAAUACCACCGUCAUCUGUGGCGUAAAAGCAGAACUGGCUACACCCACUGCUGAUGCUCCUGAUAAGGGAUAUAUUGUUCCAAAUGUGGAUCUGCCGCCUCUGUGCUCGUCCAGAUUUCGGCCCGGUCCCCCUGGAGAACAGGCUCAGGUGGCCAGCCAGUUCAUCGCCGACGUCAUCGAUGACUCUAACAUUAUAAAGAAAGAAGAUUUGUGCAUUGAAAAGGCAAAGUUGUGCUGGGUCCUGUACUGUGAUAUCAUGUGUUUAGACUAUGAUGGAAAUUUACUCGAUGCCUGCGUCAUAACCUUACUGGCAGCAUUAAAGAAUGCACAACUUCCUAAAGUCACAAUUAACAAAGAGACAGAUUUAGCUGAGGUUGAUAUGCAGCACAAGCGACGUCUGCAGGUCAACAAGCACCCCAUUGCCUCAUCGUUUGCAGUAUUUGAUGAUGAAGUGAUUAUUGUGGACCCAACAACCGAAGAGGAAAGUCUGGCUACAGCAUUAAUAACCGCAGUCACAGAUGAGGACGAUCGGCUCUGUGCUUUCCACAAACCAGGGGGCAGUUCUUUAUCAGCAGAGAAGCUGCAGGACUGCAUAAAUCGAGCUGUGACCCGAAAUCGAGAGAUCAACAAACUCAUCGACAAAGUCACUGAAAGCAUAAGCUCAUCAAAAUAAUUACAAGGAGACAAGUUUCUUAUUUAAAAGUUGUAUUUUUUUCCACUGUUAAUAUAUAUUUUCUUUUUUUAUAACAAUAAAACUGCUGACAAAGACCAUUUACAAAA